AUGUCUUUCGGUCUGGACGACGCGUACGGCUCUUCCUCGGAAGACGACGACGUAAAAGUCGUCGAGAAGAACGAAAAGAAGAAGGAGGAAACUGCUGCUGAAGAAGAAGAGGUGCGCGUGGUGCAAAGCGGCGGCGCAACCUUGAACAAGAAACGUCCGCGAGAAGAAGAAGAAGACAAAGAAGAAGAAAUCGAAAACGCGCCGGUGCUUUUCGAAACGCGUUUACCGCCACCUUUGGAAGAGGAAGAAAAGAGAAAGUCUGUCGCGAGAAAAAGAUUUUUGAACAAGCAGCAGAAGAAGUUACUGAUGAAGAGUAAAGGAAGAAGAAGAGAAGGAAGAGGUGACGACGAGGCUGAGGACGAGGAGAAGGACGACGACUACGAAUUGCUGGAAGAAGAAGAGAGGAAAAGAAGAGACGUUUUAGCAAACGCGAAGAGAAACGGGGGCGGGUCUGGUCUAGGCAUGUUCCUACCAAAACCAGCAGUAGCAGUGGAUGCGGGAACGCUCGGUAUUGGAGGCGAUUUUCACGACGGUGGGGCAUUUGGAGGUGGAUUUGGAGGAGGAGGAGGAGGAACUCGCAUAGACUUGCCCGGUGGAACGACGACGAAAAGAGCCGCCGCGGUAAAAACGCAAGACCGAGAACAAAACGAAACAACAACAACAACAGUAGCAGCAAUUCCGACGAUUCAUCCCUCGCAGUUAUACGAAGUAGACGACGAUGGGAACUAUAUUCAUCAAAAAUUGAUCGAUUCUAUGCAACAACAACAACAUCCAUCGACGGGAGGAAACGAGCAGGCGACAACUAAAGUUGAGAACAACAACAUGAGUUUAGAAGAUAUGCUCGCAAAGUCCAACAAGAUGGUUGAAAUCACCCAAGAUGACAUACGAGGCUCGUAUAAUCCGUUAUUGGCGAACGAGCGCGCAAUUCAAAACACGAACGAUAUGGGUGGCUCGUUAGGGAAGGUUUCCGGAACGGCUCGAGCGAAGAAUCAAGUGACUUCAUUAGUGCACGACGCGAGACAGGCGGAAUUGAAACUAGCGCAACAACAAGGCAUGCGCCACCGAACGAUGGCAAAAUCAAAGUACGGGUGGUAA